AAAUAAAACCAUUGAUUGGUAAUUUAUGAAAGUUUCCGAUACCUAAUUUACUUCAGCUGCUGGAUUUCAUCUGCUAACGGGAUGAUAUGGAUAUUUGUUGUUUUCGUUGUGCUGAUUGAGUUGUUAAACGCGAUGCUACUGGGGCGAGUUAUCAAGGAAAUGACAAUCAUGCAGCAUGCGAAUGACAAACACAGCGAACAAAUAAGGCUUGGUGUCAGGGCAUGCCUGGUAAUGUUUCCUUUGCUGGGAAUUACGUGGCUAUUUGGUCUUCUGUUACCCUUGCACAAAGCGGUCGCCUACAUUUUCACACUUUUCAACUCCACUCAGGUAAACUAGACACUGCUUUUAUAAAAUGAAUUCCGUUCAACACGAGGUAGCUACCUGGGGUACUUCUGUUUUCAUGGAUCUCACCAAAAUUGAAGUCAGUAGUCAGAGCGUAUCUCUACUCAUAUUAAAACACAAGUUCCCAGGCCUAUCCGAUACUCAACUAUCUUUUAAAGCGAACGUUCUAACCCAUUACCACAAGCUCGGAAAAUAGAUCCUACACCAUUACUGGCCUUUUAACAACUAUAGCGUUCUUAAGUAAAGAACGUUAACGUGGAAGGAAACAAAAAAAAAA